AUGUUCCCCGAGGGCGCGACGAGCGAGCGUAAGGAGCGACCGACCCUCAUACAGACCCUCAUACAGACCCUCAUACCCACCCUCAUACCCACCCUUAUACCCACCCUCAUACCCACCCUCAUACCCACCCUCAUACCCACCCUUAUACCCACCCUUAUACCCACCCUCAUACAGACCCUCAUACAGACCCUCAUACAGACCCUCAUACCCACCCUCAUACAGACCCUCAUACAGACCCUCAUACAGACCCUCAUACAGACCCUCAUACCCACCCUCAUACCCACCCUCAUACAGACCCUCAUACAGACCCUCAUACCCACCCUUAUACCCACCCUCAUACAGACCCUCAUACCCACCCUCAUUAGGACCCUCAUACAGACCCUCAUACCCACCCUCAUUAGGACCCUCAUACAGACCCUCAUACCCACCCUCAUACAGACCCUCAUACAGACCCUCAUACAGACCCUCAUACCCACCCUCAUACAGACCCUCAUACAGACCCUCAUACAGACCCUCAUACCCACCCUCAUACCCACCCUCAUACAGACCCUCAUACAGACCCUCAUACCCACCCUUAUACCCACCCUCAUACAGACCCUCAUACCCACCCUCAUUAGGACCCUCAUACAGACCCUCAUACCCACCCUCAUACAGACCCUCAUACAGACCCUCAUACAGACCCUCAUACCCACCCUCAUACCCACCCUCAUCCCCAUCAUCAUACCCACCCUCAUACAGACCCUCAUACCCACCCUCAUACAGACCCUCAUACCCACCCUCAUACAGACCCUCAUACAGACCCUCAUACAGACCCUCAUACCCACCCUCAUCCCCAUCAUCAUACCCACCCUCAUACAGACCCUCAUACAGACCCUCAUACAGACCCUCAUACAGACCCUCAUACAGACCCUCAUACCCACCCUCAUACCCACCCUCAUCCCCAUCAUCAUACCCACCCUCAUACAGACCCUCAUACCCACCCUCAUACAGACCCUCAUACAGACCCUCAUACAGACCCUCAUACCCACCCUCAUACAGACCCUCAUACCCACCCUCAUACAGACCCUCAUACCCACCCUCAUACCCACCCUCAUCCCCAUCAUCAUACCCACCCUCAUACAGACCCUCAUACCCACCCUCAUACAGACCCUCAUACAGACCCUCAUACAGACCCUCAUACAGACCCUCAUACAGACCCUCAUACCCACCCUCAUACCCACCCUCAUACAGACCCUCAUACCCACCCUCAUACAGACCCUCAUACCCACCCUCAUACAGACCCUCAUACAGACCCUCAUACCCACCCUCAUACCCACCCUUAUACAGACCCUCAUACCCACCCUCAUACCCACCCUUAUACAGACCCUCAUACAGACCCUCAUACCCACCCUCAUACAGACCCUCAUACCCACCCUCAUACAGACCCUCAUACCCACCCUCAUACAGACCCUCAUACCCACCCUCAUACAGACCCUCAUACCCACCCUCAUACAGACCCUCAUACCCACCCUCAUACAGACCCUCAUACCCACCCUUAUACAGACCCUCAUACAGACCCUCAUACCCACCCUCAUACAGACCCUCAUACAGACCCUCAUACAGACCCUCAUACAGACCCUCAUACCCACCCUCAUCCCCAUCAUCAUACCCACCCUCAUACAGACCCUCAUACCCACCCUCAUACAGACCCUCAUACCCACCCUCAUACCCACCCUCAUACCCACCCUCAUACAGACCCUCAUACCCACCCUCAUACAGACCCUCAUACAGACCCUCAUACAGACCCUCAUACCCACCCUCAUACCCACCCUCAUACAGACCCUCAUACCCACCCUCAUACAGACCCUCAUACCCACCCUCAUACCCACCCUCAUACCCACCCUCAUACAGACCCUCAUACAGACCCUCAUACCCACCCUUAUACAGACCCUCAUACAGACCCUCAUACCCACCCUCAUACAGACCCUCAUACCCACCCUUAUACAGACCCUCAUACAGACCCUCAUACCCACCCUCAUACAGACCCUCAUACAGACCCUCAUACAGACCCUCAUACCCACCCUCAUACCCACCCUCAUACAGACCCUCAUACAGACCCUCAUACCCACCCUCAUACCCACCCUCAUACAGACCCUCAUACAGACCCUCAUACCCACCCUCAUACCCACCCUUAUACUGACCCUCAUACAGACCCUCAUACCCACCCUCAUACAGACCCUCAUACAGACCCUCAUACCCACCCUCAUACCCACCCUCAUACAGACCCUCAUACAGACCCUCAUACCCACCCUCAUACCCACCCUUAUACAGACCCUCAUACAGACCCUCAUACCCACCCUCAUACAGACCCUCAUACAGACCCUCAUACCCACCCUCAUACAGACCCCAUACCCACCCCCUCAACCUCAGUUACCACUGCUGCAUCAUCUCCAGUCUUACAUCAGAUAG